UGUUUACAGUCAGCUGUGAUCAGAGCUGCGGUUCAGAUUCACGGAGUUGCGUCGGUAUUUGUUUUGUUUUCAGCCGCUUAACAGAGUUAGUUUGGAUCGGAAACGACAUUGGAUGUUCCCCUUUUCUCUUUUUUGACUUUAUAAUCCAGGUGGUAAUCCAUAAUUAUGUUUCUCAACCUAGAGUCAUGGAGUGUGUGUUAUCGUGGGGCAGAAAGGGGCUUUUAAAUAUAUCUUUGCCCCACUCCAUCGACUGAUCUUCACCAUAUACCCAAAGAGGUUGGAUCCGAUUUGAAACCUGUUUUUUUUAUUACUCUGGAUUUCAAGCUGCUCUCAUAUACAUAAAAAGUGUAUUGCUUUUUGGGGCUGCAAACAGCUAAAAAGACCAUUAACUUAUAUUUAAAGCAAAAAAUGGAGGCUGUUAUUGAGAAAGAGUGCAGUGCUCUUGGUGGACUCUUUCAGACCAUUAUCACAGACAUGAAGAGCAGUUAUCCUAUCUGGGAGGACUUUAUCAGCAAAGCUGUGAAGCUGCAGUCUCAGCUCAGGACAACUGUGGUUGCAGUCGCAGCAUUCCUGGAUGCCUUUCAGAAAGUGGCUGACCUGGCCACCAGCACACGAGGUGGUACCAGAGACAUCGGUUCAGCUCUCACCAGGAUGUGUAUGAGACACAGAAGCAUUGAAGCAAAGCUCCGGCAGUUUUCAAUGGCCUUCAUCGAGUGUCUGAUAACCCCUCUGCAGGAGCAGAUGGAAGAAUGGAAACGAGGAGCAAACACACUUGAUAAAGACCAUGCUAAAGAAUAUAAGAAGGCUAGACAGGAGAUCAAGAAGAAAUCUUCAGACACCCUUAAACUGCAGAAGAAAGCAAAGAAAGGGAGAGGAGACAUCCAGCCACAGUUGGACAGUGCCAUGCAGGACGUCAGUGAUAAAUAUCUGCUGCUGGAGGAGACAGAGAAGCAGGCGGUCAGGAAAGCUCUGAUCGACGAGAGGGGACGAUUCUGUGCUUUUGUAUCUAUGCUUAAGCCUGUGGUGGAUGAAGAGAUGUCUAUGCUUGGAGAGAUCAUUCACUUGCAGACCAUUGCUGAUGACCUGAAGGCCUUGACCAUGGACCCCCACAAACUGCCACCUGCCAGCGAGCAGGUCAUACAUGAUCUAAAAGGUUCAGACUACACCUGGUCCUAUCAGACUCCUCCAUCUUCUCCCAGUACCACUAUAUCCAGGAAGUCUAGUAUGUGCAGCAGUCUGAACAGUGUGAACAGUAGUGACUCCAGAUCCAGUGGGUCGCACUCUCACUCCCCUUCCCCACACUAUCGCUAUCGCAGCUCAACACUGCCACAGCAAGCCCCGGUGCGCCUCUCCAGCAUCUCUUCACACGACUCUGGCUUCAUCUCACAAGACGCCUUCCAGUCCAAGUCACCGUCCCCCAUGCCCUCUGAAUCUGCUCCGCAGACUACCUCCAUCUCUGCUUCCUCGGAUACUUCUGAGACCUGUCAAUCAAUCAGCGAGUGCAGUUCUACCAGUUCCAUUGACUCAGGUGGAGCCACUGCCUGCUCAGAGAAGUUAUCAAACGGCUACAAUCAUUACGUGCUGGGAGAGUCGCAGUACCUGAGUGGAGGGGGUACGGGAGGGGCCUUUCCUUUCUUUUCCCCUCCCUCCUCCGUUUCCUCUUCCUCUUCCUCCUCCUCUUCCUCCACAUUGUGCUCAUGGUCACGCCCGGGCUCAGCUCUCCUGCCUGAAUACCCCCACUAUUGCACCCUGGGCCCAGGCAUGAUUCCUUCCUCCAAAGUCCCCAGCUGGAAGGACUGGGCUAAACCAGGUCCUUAUGAUCAACCCAUGGUGAACACACUAAGGAGGAAAAAGGAACCAAAGGAAGUUGUGGACAGAAAUGGCACUGUGCCCUCCUGUCAGCCAAUCACAGACUAUUCUCCUCCUGAAGACACUCAGGGAGCAAGGAGUAUGACUGUUGCACCAAAGGUGGAAGAUAUGGAGGCCCACGAGGAGCUGGCACUGGCUCUGUCCCGUGGGCUGCAGUUGGACACUCAGCGCUCCAGCAGAGACUCUCUGCAGUGCUCCAGUGGCUACAGCACUCAGACAACAACACCCUGCUGCUCAGAGGACACCAUUCCCUCCCAAGUGUCUGAUUACGACUAUUUUUUGGUGAGUGGUGACCCAGAGGGCGAUCAGCAGGAUUUUGACAAGUCAUCAACCAUCCCACGCAACAGUGACAUCAGCCAGUCCUACCGCAAGAUGUUUCAGACCAAGCGUCCAGCUUCCACAGCCGGUCUUCCCUCCACGCCCGGGCCCGUCAUUAUCACGCCUGGAGUGGCUACAAUCCGCCGCACACCAUCUACCAAACCUUCUGUCCGUAGAGCUACCAUGGGCAUUGGACCUAUUCCCAUCCGAACCCCAGUCAUCCCGGUGAAGACGCCGACUGUGCCAGAUUUUCCAGGUGGCUUCUCCAGCCCACUAGGGGGCAGCAGUGAAGAAGGAGAGGAACCAGCCAGCCCUGACUCACCCACUCAAGGAGAGGACAUGGAGCAGAUGGGCAUCCUGCCUGUGGCAUCCUGGAGUGGGCAGGCCUCAACUAACCCUCCUUUGCCGCCUGGACCCCAAGGCUCAGCCGGAGGUUCGGGUGGACUCGAAGAAGACCCAGAAGACUUGGACUCAGCAGACCCACAGUGUGACACCAUGCUUCUAGCCAUCCGUAGAGGAGUCAAGCUAAAGAAAACUAUGACCAACGACCGUUCUGCGCCACGCAUUGCGUGAUAGAGCAUGAAGAGUCCUUAAGUAACAUGUAUUAAUACUGUAUAAAGAUUGUAUUAAAAUUGUUAAGCCUUAAUAGAGAGGCUGGAGAGGACACUCACCGCCCACAAGCUUGUUCGGUAACAAAGUAGAUAAACUGACAUCUGUUAAAGGUGGUACAAGCUGCGAGUGUGGGUUGUGAUCAGAUCUUGUUCUUGUCACAGUGUUCUUUUAAAGGAAUAUUCCUGGUUCAAUACAAGUUAAGCUCAAUCGACAGCAUUUGUAGCAUAAUGUUGAUUACCACAGGAAAUAAUUUAGACUCCUCCUUCAUUUAUUUAAAAAAAAAAUGGAGGUUACAAUAAGACACUUACAAUAUAAGUGAAUGAGGUCGGUCCAUAAAUGUAAAUAAAAUACAAAAAAUGUUAUAUGUAUUGCCACAAAACGUUAACUUAAUACAUGUAAACAUGAUCACUUGCCGGGUUUACCCGCGUUAUGUCAUAAUGGCAACAAAGUUAUAGUUUUGGAUAGAGCAGCGGUAGCCAAUUCCGGUCCUGAAGAGCCACUGUCCUGAGAGUUUAGCUCCAACCCUAAUCAAACACACCUUCCCUUCAUUUUUUAAGUUAUCCUAGAGAACUACAUUAGUUUGUUCAGGCAUGUUAGAUUAGGGUUGGAGCUAAAAUCUUCAGGUCAGUGGCUCUCCAGGACUGGAGUUGGCCACCCCUGUGAUAGAGUAAGGGAGGAGUCAACAUAAAUAUUUGUGGUAAUCAACGUUAUGCCUCAAACGCUGUCGAUUAAGCUUAACUUGUUUUGAGCCCAAAACAUUCCUUUAAUGUCAACCUGACCUGGCUUUUCACCUCAUCGACUCAUUCUGUCCCGAUGACUCAUGUUAAGAGUCUUAUUGUCACAAUAUAGAAUGUUAAAGGAGUUUUAUUUUCAGUUGAUUGCAUCCUUGCGCAAUUACGUUCUGUAGUAGUUUCAUCGUGUAUAUUUUAAUGAAUAACACAAGCAUGCAGCCUAACCUCUGUACCUUUAGUUGAUUUAGUCUUAGGUUAACUCACUAUAAACAUAAUCUACAAAACUAAAUGUUUAAAUUGUUUAUUCUUAGUAACAACAAUAAUAGUUACAAUGCUUUCAAUUAUUAAUAUCCUGCUUGAAUAUACUUUAAUUUUAAGCUUUAGCAAAAAAAAUAAAAAAUACUCUACUCUAUUUGUAUGAAAAUGUAAAAAUCGACAGAGGUAAGAAGGAACCCACAAACGUAAUUUAUUUGUCUCUUCGGCCCUCUCUGAUUUAAUCCUUAACCAGAUAAGCUUUCAUUUAUGUGAUGCAAGAUUAUUUUGUAUAUUAUGUUAAUACAGUGCAAGUUUAAUAAGUUGACAAAAGCACACACACACACACACAUACACAUACUCUUACACUCACUUCCUCUUUCCAGAUUAUAGAACACAUGAACGACUCUCUCGGUGGCAAAUCUCAGUUUUUGGGUUUGUUGAGCAGCGAAAAACUAAUGUUAGCAAGAUUACUAGCUGUGCUGUAAUAUUAUAGGCAGUAUACUAUACUCAGUUCAUUAGGAAGGCAGUGGUUAUUGUUUGGUACAAUGCCCUUUACGUAUUUCCAGUUAGAUUUUUUUGUUCAAGCAUAACAGUAUAUCGGUGUACAUGUUUAAAAAAAACAAAAUGGCAAACUAGGGCUGUGAACCUGUGCUCGUAUUUCCCAGGAAGUCUAACAUACAGUACAGUUAAUAUAAAGGGAAAUGUCAUUUUCUGGAUUACCAGUACAUUGUAAUGUGAUGGAGCAUGUUUUAUUGUAUCAUCUGUAGUCAGCAAAUGUGAAUGCUGUUUAAGUGACUCAAAUUGAGCACAAAGGAGCUGCCAGUCAUAGUACAAGCACAUUAGAGAGAGGCAAGAUGGUACUAUGACUUAAGUCCUUAAUCAUUUCAAUCAUUCUUUUGGUGCCCAAACCAUCUUGUUGUUAGCAUUUAAUGUACUUUUUACCUACUUUAUUUAAUUCAGCACUCAUUGCCUUUCUUUUCGUGAGGUUUUCAUGCAGCUAUACAGUGGAGCAAAACUGUUCAGUGACAUUGUUCGUAAAAUCACAUCCUCUGUGACUUACAUUUGAUUUUGUUUGGUGCUUUGAUUCUGUUAUAAAUUAUUUUUUAUUCAAAAUCCAGUUGAGGCCAACAGGUCCACUGUUGAAAACCGCUCCAUACAGUUAGAACACAAAAAUGAUUCAGGGGCAGCACAAACGAUUUGUAGGUCUAGCCUACAAACCUUUAGUAUAUUUUGGGAUUUUUACUUUUGAGUAUUCAUGUACAGAAUCCAAAAAUGUUGUAAGAUAAUCAAACAGUGUGAAACUUCAUUGUCAAAUACAGAGUUACACUUUUGUGACAAAAGGAAGAUCAUAAUUUCCUCUCCAUGGACCAGCUUUAGUAAUGUCGUCUCAGUACAAUGGUGUAAAAUUGUGAAAUUAGUUACAAAUUAGCGGAUGCCUUACCUGCAUAUGAUGCUAUAAUCUUGUAUGUGUACUCUCUCUCGAUACAAAAAUGUUUUAAUAUUGUCAAUGUACAAACCUUUAGUACUAACCAGCCUUUAUUUCAGCUAACCACUAUCUAGAUAUUUACUUUCAGAGCUUUUCUAGAUAUCCCUUUCUUUUAAAAGCUACCAAAUCGUAUGUGUAAGCUGAUUGAUGUCCAAAAUAAAUAAAUAUUUUCUUGCUGAUAUUUAGUAUUAGUUUUUUGAAAUGACAUUUUGAGUAGUGCGAGUUGUUCUCAACACUGUGCAGUUUAUAGAAUCACCUUCUGUAUGCUUUUCCCUGUAAUUACUGCUGCAUAUAUUAAAUAUAAAAUAGUUAUUGAA